AUGCGUCUUUUCGUACUUGCAUUCGUCUUUCAACUCAUUGCUCUGGUCUAUGGCCUGAAGGAACCUCCCAAGGAUCUUCAAAUCGGUGUCAAGAAACGCGUACCUGCCGAGGAAUGUAAAAUCCGUUCGCGCGAUGGAGACAAGUUGUCAAUGCACUACACGGGUACUCUCUUUGAUACUGGUGAAAAGUUCGAUAGCAGCCUCGAUCGCAACCAGCCAUUGCAGUUCACUUUGGGUGUGGGACAAGUUAUCAAGGGUUGGGAUCAGGGUUUGAAAAACAUGUGCAUUGGUGAGAAGCGUCGUUUGGUGAUUCCACCUGCUCUUGGUUAUGGUGCUCAAGGUGCUGGCAGUGCUAUCCCUGGUGGUGCUACUUUGGUAUUUGAAGUUGAAUUGGUUGACAUCAAGCAAGGUCCUGGUAUGCAAAAGAAGCCUGCUAUUACACAAGACAAGGGAAUCGCAGAUACUAUUUCCAAGGCAUUGGAGAACCCCACCUAUCUUGGCUUGGCUGGUGCAUGUGUGUUAGCAUUGAUCAUUGCUCUUGUCAAAGGAGGAUCCAACAAGCAAGUCAUUGAAAAGAAGGAGACCACCACUGACAAGUCAACCUCCUCUUCCUCCUCGUCCUCAGGCAAAAAGUCCAAGAAGGUCAAUUAG